AGGGCUUAGCUGUGGUUCUUCUAGGGUUUAAGAGACGAAGCAAGAAAUAAACACAUCGAUUAAUAUCCGAGGAUACGCCUCUGGUCGGCCUCUGAUUCUGUCCUCAAAAAUGGCUUUCUGGGGAAUCGAAGUAAAACCUGGGAAGCCUUUCACUCAUGAAUUUGACGAGUUGAAAGGACGGCUUCAUAUAUCAAUGGCUACUCUGGCACUUGGCACUGCCACUGCCAAAAGCGUACUUCAGUGUAAUGUAGGAAACAGGAGUCCUGUUUAUCUUUGCGCUUUGUAUCCUGUAAGUGCUGAAUCGGUGCAACUGAAUCUGGAAUUUGAAGAGGCCGACGAUGUUGUCUUCUCGGUUCUUGGUCCUCGGAGUGUCUUCCUCACUGGUUACUAUAUGCGUGGUGGCCAGCACGAUUCAGAACCUUGUGGGGAAGAUAUUGUUGACACAGAAACAGAGAGGUCUGAGGAUAGUGAUGAAGAUGAUUAUGAAGAUAGUUUUAUCGACGACGAUGAUCCAGAAGUCUACCCCCCUUCUCUCAUUUCCGAUGGUGGAGUAGUUUCAGUUGAGAUGUUGGAUAGUGAGAGGCCUAAGCAUGGUAAAGGCAGCCGAAGACGGCUUAGGAAGAGGUACCAAAUGAGCGAGUCUGAAGAGGAGGGAUGCUCUCAAGAAAAAAAUAUUGUAAAUGGUCGUAGUGGUGAGCCAGAGUUUGAAAGUGAAGAUGAAGAUAGCAUCCCGAUUUCGUCUUUCUACAAGAGUAAAACCACUGCAAAAAAAACGAAAGAGGAAGUAGACAGAGAUGACAAGGAAAUGAGUGAAACUAGUAAGAAGAAUACAGAAGAUGAAGGAAAUUACGUUAGUGAAUCAACAAGAAAAGCUGGCAAUGUUGUAAAUGGUCAGCAAAAAAGUAUCAUAGAAAAAUCAACAGAGGAAGUAGAAGUCAAAACUCACAAAGGAACAGGUGAAACUAGUGUCAAGGAGAUGGAAGAUGGUGGAAAUUACACUAUUCAAACAAAAAGAGAAGUUCUCGAUGCUUUUAUAGAGGGCGAGACCAAAACCCCCACAAAGAAAACAACAGAGGAAGUACUGGGCAGAGCCAGCAAGGGUAAAGGUGAAAUCAGUUACAAGGAGACAGAAGAUGAUUUUAAUCCUGUCAUUGAACCAAAAAGAAAAGCUGAUGGUCUUGUAGAUGGCCAGCCGAAGAGGCAAUCUGACAUGCCGAUCAAUUGCAUGCCGUCCUCUGAAGGGGGCCCUGAAAAUGGUAUUAAGCCAAAGAAGAAAAGAAAAGAUCAGUCUAAGGAGGAGAAACCCCUCGAAGCCGAUAGUGAUAACUGUAGUUAUAUUAUAAAUAAGGUUUUAACCUUGAAAGAUGAGGCAAGGACUGAUAAUAUUGGACAUGAUCUGGUUGUGAAAGAUGGACAAGGUUGGAAGGAAGCCAAGGGCAAGGCAGCUGAAGUGAUGGAUACAGUGUUGCUGCCUUCCUCUGAAGAUGGUGGGAGGCCAAAGAAGAAAAGGAAAGAACGGCCAAAGGAGGGGAAGAAUGAUGAAGCUGAAUGUAAGCAUGGUAAUGUUGUUAAAGAGGAUAAAACCCAGAAAAUUGAGUCAAACACUGACUACAGGCUCCACGAUUUCCCUUUGAGGGAUGAGGCCAAUGAUCAGGAAGCUGAACUGCCAGAAAAUCUAUCACUGCCAUUCACAGAAGUUGGCUCUGAAGUUGGUGAAAAGCCUAAGAAGAAACGUAAACAACAGGCAAGCGAUACAAAGAUUUCUAAAGCUGACAGUAAGCAUGACAAUGUUCUCCGAGAAGAUAGAGCUCAGCAAAAUGAACCAAAGGCUGAUGACAUUGUCUGCGAUUUGCCUAUGGAAGAACAAAAUCAGUAUCCAGACAAUCUCAAGUGUUUUGAGAGUAGUGCCCAUGAAUUUGCUGAUGACAAUCACUCUGAGGGCAAGAAUAUUAAGAAGAAGAAGAAGAAAAAGAGUAAAACCAAGGAGAAAGAGGAAGCUGUGAAUAUGAAUAUAACCCCUCUGCCAAUGGACAAGAUUGAGGACAAGAAAAUGAGUGACAAGUCUUCUCAAAUUUGGACCUUGUCUAACGGAUUAAUCAUUGAGGUGCUAGAAAUGGGGAAACCAGACAGCAAAGUUGCUGCUUCAGGGAAAAGGGUCAGUAUCAACUACGACGGGAAGUUGAAAAAGAAUGGAGAAUCAUUUGACUCAAAUGUAGGGUGUGCUCCCUAUAAGUUUCGGAUAGGUUUGGGAGAAGUUAUAGGGGGUUGGGAUAUCGGUCUUGAUGGCAUGCGAGUGGGUGAGAAAAGAAGACUUACAAUCCCACCAUCAUUGGGUUUUGGGAGUGCAAGACGAGGGGAGAAUGUACCACCAGACUCGUGGCUGGUGUAUGAUAUCGAAUUGGUCAAAGUCCACUGAUUAAUCCGCCUCAUCGCUUGUGGUCCUGAAAUUGGUGGCUAAAGGUGGUGCGAGAUGCUAGCUAAUAGUUGAAGGGAAAAAAAAGUCUUGUUAUUCCUGUGUAGUUUUGGGUCUCAGAUGAUUGGUGCAGAAGCAGACAUGAUUGUCGUAAAUUUUGUGUAAAACCUGUUUUUAAGGGGACUAUUAUGUUAUAUAUAUUUUUCGUUAUGCUGGAUAUGAAUGAGAAGAAACGGGUUGUUUCACUUC